AUGGCUCCCAAAGCCAAGGCCGACAUUUCACUCUUAUUUCACCCGAAAAAGAACAAGAAAAGCACGUCGAUUUCUUCGCCACGACCACCUCCACCUAACUCUGCGCUCAAUGGCUCUCGACCCAGCUCUCCACCAAACGCUGACGAUGACGAGGCUGACCUGCAACUACCUGACGGCCCAUAUCAAGAAUUUCGAAUAAUGUCUUCGGCGCUCAACGGGUGGAAAUACGACGUGAUGAAGUUUGAUUCAAGGAAGAGUGUUGAUAUUCUGCGCUGGCAAGGACCGAUAAAGCUGAACAGGAAAGAUUUGAGGAGAGAGGAUCCGUCGAUGAGCGGUGCCGGGCAGGCUGUGCGUCCUAUGCUAGGUCUCGAUGGACAGCCCGUUAUCGGUUCCGACGGCAAGACAGUCAUGGUCGACAGCGAAGGACGACCUGUAACGGAGAACGGAGCUUCUGGUAGCGGUGCAGGCAAGGGCAAGGGACUUACGAAUGGGAAGAAAAAGUUUCAAAAGAAGACUCGACAGGUGUUUAUCGUCCCGGAUGAGGUCCGGAAUUUGAGGAAGGAGGAGAGAUACCCUUGGGUCAUUGAAGAUGCUCCUGGCUCAGAAGUAUGGACUGCUCAGCUCGACGAUUUAGGCAAGGCAGAAACGCAUGCAUUUUUCAUGCCUGCUGCCAACGACGUGUUCAAGUUUGUCCCUUCACAUCGGUACUAUAAGUUUCAGAAGAAGCUCAAACAUGACAUGCCUACGGAUACUACGUCUGUGGAAUCUGCUUAUCAGAAGAGUCUUAAGCGGGACCCGUCGACCUGGCUACACCAGAGAAAUGGCAAGGGCCCGUCAGCCGCCACAGCUGCCAUGUUCAAAGCCGAAGCUGACGGGCAGCCACAAGCUAAUGGUUCUCUCGUACAUCAAGCGCAACAGAGUCUCGGACCCGGUGGACGCAGGCUGAAAGCUGUUGACAGCGGUGCAGAUGACUUAUUUGGAGAAGAUGACGAGGAUAACGGUGCUGCGAAACGGCGGGCCAAGGAGUUCGGCGGUGAAGGUGAUAUGGACGAAAUGGUGUAUGAAGAAGAUUUUGCGGACGACGAGGAAAAGAUGGAUGUAGAAGACACGAAUGACCAGGAGGCCAAGGAGCUUGAGGAACGACUGAAGAAAGAAUACAAGAACGCGAACAAGACCCGCGAGGGUUAUAUCGACGAGUCCGACGAAGAAGAGGAGAAGCCGGGGAUGACUAAACAAGCGAAGAGAAUGCAGAAAAUGCUCCGCGCUCGAGAGGGGAAUGAUGUUUACGAAAGUGAGGAGGAAGAAGAUAAUCCUUAUGCUUCAUCUGAAGAAGAAGAGGACGAGGAGGAAGAAAUUGUUCCUCAAACUGGUCCUGCAGUUCAGCCCCAGUCCAAAUCUCCGACACCGUCACAAACAUCCAGUUCCAACCUAGAGUUAAUGAAAGCUACUACUCAAAUCAAUGGUGCUGUACACACGACCGCAUCCCGUGCUACAUCCCCCGUUCCAGGUCUCGGCGGACAUUCUGUUGUCGCGAAACGCGCUACUAGUCCGAAAGUGCCAAAAAUCAAGCCAAAUUUGACUAAUACUGGCCGGAGUGGCAGCCCUCUCGCUAGUCGUGCAAGUAGCCCUGUAUCACCAGUUGGCGCCGGCGGAAUGACAACCGCCACUUCCCCCACUCCAGGGAGUAGAGCAGGUAGUCCUGCGGCAGUCAAUGGGGUUCAGAACGGGCAAUCACAAAACAAAAAACGCAAAGCCGAAGAGGCUGGAUCAUUGUCACCUACUCUUCUGUCAAGCAACGGUCCGCCCAAACCAAAAAAACGGAAAGCACACCCAACAACGGCAGUAGCGAUACCGGCGGGACCACUAGAAGAACGGUUAUUAAUCGAGUGGUUGAAGAAUACUCCAACUGCCAACGCAUCAACCAGGGAGUGUAUACAAUACUUCACUCCCUACCUCACGGACGAGGAAAAGAAGGCGCAGUUUACAGGGCUCGUAAAGGAGAUCGCACAGCUGAAGAAUGGAGUGUUAAUUUUGAGA